AUGCCUUCGUUCCACAUUCGCUCUCGCUCCCAUCCCCCUGUUUCCCCCGAGCCCGUACGACCCGCGACGCCGCAGAGCACUGCGUCGAGGCCCAGUCCGCCGUCGUCGCCCGAACACGAGAUGCACCUCAAGGGUGUGAAGCGCAUUGUGAGCGGCCUCAAGCGACGGAUCAGCUCGAUUUCCCUUCGCGGACAUCGCCACCAUGACCACGACCAAAGCGCCGAAGACGCUCGCCCCUCUUCCCUUCUCCUCGACAUCAUCCCGGGAGACCACCCCCCUCCCACCACUCUUCCCAUCACUCCUCGCUCCGAGCCUAGUAUCUACACUCUCGACACGGGUGCUCCAAGGAAAGCCUUCGAGCAACCCAGUGAAGCAGAGGACAGCAGCUCCGAGUUGCACUCGCGUUCCACCUCGGACGCUACCACCUCAUCUGCCGCGUCUUUCCACGAGGCGCACUCGGAAGCACACCCGCUAGAGACAGGUUCGUCGCCAUCGUCACCCAAGCAACCUCAUCUUGCCCUCGCACCUGAGGAGCCGGCGGAGCAGCCUGUGGAGGAGCUCGUCGAGGAGAAACAGUCGAGGUCUAACGACUUGUCUGCUCGCUUCUCCCCUUUCGAGUCGCUUACUGCGCCGAUCGAAUCUCUUUCACUCAAAGAGGAGGAAUCUAUCUCGUCAGAACGUUCGCGCAAAUACUCCCUUCCCGCUUUUGAGUCGCUCAGCGCGCCGAUUGAGACCCUUGUUCUCUCCGAGGACGAGGUCGGUCCUGCCCUUCAGGCAAAGGAUACAUUGAGCGAAGCGUUGGGGAUUCCUCUGCCGGCAUCGCCAGUUAUCGAGCCCUGGGAGAUUGCCCUCCCAGAGUCGCCUGUCAUUCAGCCUUGGGAGAUUGCUCUGCCAGAGUCUCCUGUUAUUCAGGCCUGGGAGAUAGCCCUGCCGCAGUCAUAUCUUGAUCUUGAACCCCCUCCCCCUCUCGUCAUGGACCCUCUCGGAGUCUCCCAACCAGCAUCGCCAGAGGCGCGUGAGGACGUGCCCGCUGUAUCGGUGGAACACGUCGCUCUUGUCGAGGAGCCCAUGACCUCCACCCUUGACUCAGAGCUCUCUUCUUCUAUGGAGGUGAAACGGGACACCCCCCUCCGCGAGCCCGAAGUCCCCAAUCCCUUCAUCGAGGAUCCCGACGCGAGCUCUUCCGAUGACGAGACGUCGGAUGCCCCACAGGGGCCUGCACAAGGCCUGGCCGAGCAGUUUGCUGCGUCGGAGAUCGAGCUCGCACUACCAGUGACCCCCCGGACUCCCGUCGUUCCCGACCUCAACAAGUCAGUGCCUCCGACUCCGGCACUGCCCAGUGACGACGAAGACGAGGAGGAGAUUCCUGAGCUGUACUUGCCCAGCCUCACGCUGCCGACGAUGUUCUUGCCGAUUCCGAAUACCGACCCUCUGAGUACGCUGUUGACAAAAUAUAUACCGCCUGACAAACGACCACCGCGAGACUUGACGGGUGACUAUGUGCGUUCUGGGGGCGAGAUUCAUCCGCUGGUUAUGACGAACAGUUGGAGGGCAAUUGCAAGGCAGGCCCGGGACCGCAUAGUCGAGGCCGAUCCCGAAGAAGUCUCGUACAUCCUCUCCCUUUGGUACCUCCGCCUCUCCUCGCUCGCGCGCAUGCGCCUCUUCAACCAGACCUCGGCCGAGUGCACGAACCUCUUCACCGUGCUGCACGCGAUCGAGCCCCCCGACGCGCGCGCGUUCCUCUUCGACCGCGUGCUCCCCUUCGAGCUCGACGUCCUCUACGCGAAGCUCAAGUAUUGGGCCGGCGACCACAUGGGCUACCUCGACGCGCUCGCCGCGCUGCUGCAGCGCUGCAAGCGCAAGGCGCGUGCGGCCCGCGCGGACGCGGCGACCGCCGCGAUGUGGACCGAGCGCGGGGCGCGGGUGUGCCUGAUCAUCGCGUCGCAGCUCGUCGAGAUGAAGGACUUCGCCGCGGCCGCGAGGAUCCUGGAGCCGCUCUGCGUCCAGAAGGACGGCCUGACGUCGCCCGCGCUGCGCUCGGCCGUCGCGCGCGUGUACCUCCAGGGCGGGCAUAUCUCGAUGGCCGCUCAGCACCUCGCGGCGGUCGCGGAGGACCCGACGGCGGACCCCGCGCAGAAGGCGAUGAACGCCGCGCUGUUCGCGUCCGCCGAGGGCGACUGGGCGCGCGCGGAGGCGGAGCUGCGAGGCAUCCUCGCGGCCGACCCGGAGAACUUCGUCGCGGUCAACAAUCUCGCGGUCGCCUUGCUGAACCAGGGCAAGCUGAAGGAGGGGAUCGAGGCGCUGGAGGCGGCGCUUCGCGCGUCGCCUGCGACGAUCGUUACGGCGGAGCCGUUCCUGUUCAACCUCUCUACUCUGUACGAGCUGCGUUCCGCUGCCGGAGCGGACAAGAAGCGCGACCUCCUCAUCGAAGUGGCCAAGUGGGCUGGGGACGGUCUUCGCACCACUUGUUUGAAGAUGCCCACCAAUUGA